AUGAACGACUCUCUGAACAUCGAAGCGGAGGUGAGCAAGGAAGACAAGCGGUGCCCGGAAGUUAAGCUGUACGGCAGGAGGAGGAUCCGAGUGCUUCUGCCGUUCAUGAUGCCCGGCUUCCGUCACCGUCACCGCCCGUCCAAGAUGCACAGCAAGGGGGAGCGGUGCUUCUAUCUGAACUCAGGCCAGGAACAUUCCUCUACGACGCACAAGAUNGCGACCUCCGGUGGCAUUGUUCCCCCCGCGGCGGCGGCGGGGGGGAUGGUCGGAGGCUCCGCGGUGGCGGCCGGAGCGGCAGCAUCGGCAGCAGCUCCAGCGGCGACGGCGGCGACCUCCGGUGGCAGUGUUCCCCCCGCGGCGGCGGCGGGGGGGAUGGCCGGAGGCCCCGCGGUGGCGGCCGGAGCGGCAGCAUCGGCGGCAGCUCCAGCGGCGACGGCGGCGACCUCCGGUGGCAGUGUUCCCCCCGCGUCGGCGGCGGGGGGGAUGGCCGGAGGCCCCGCGGUGGCGGCCGGAGCGGCAGCAUCGGCGGCAGCUCCGGCGGCGACGGAGCAGCGGCAGCAUGAGCAUAUGACGGAGCCGGAGAGCAGGGUGGCGAGCGGAGCAGCGCGCAGCGCGGUGUUGGCGGAACUUGCGCGGAUGGCGGGGGGGCCUUCGCGGGUGAGCACAUCUGCGGCACCUGUUGCCACACCUGCCCCCGCGCACUCGGCGGCGAUGGCAUCGGACGGACUGUGGACGGAGAUGGUGCAUGAGGGCGGUACAGGCGGACGUCGUCGGCAGGGGCAGCGGGAGUUUGUAGCGACCCCCGCAGUGACGAGGUCGCGGGCGAAGCGAGAUGGGCCGGGGCCGGGGAUAUUUGCUCUUCUAGCCACGGAGGACGAGAUCAAGCGGUCUAUCGCCGAGCUUCCUGCACCGGGCGUCGCUGAGCCAGCCCUGCCGACGGGGCUGGUGUGCGACCUGGAGACGCCUGAGACAUACGGGGAGGCGCACGCGGGGCCCCACCACCACAUCUGGACCAACGCCGAACGCAAGGAGUUUUUCGGGCUGAAUGCAGUGGGCACCUUCGAGGAGGGAGACGAGUUUGGGUAUGCUGUGCGUGCUAAGGCUAGGUUGGUAGCCCGUGGGUUUGCGCAGCGUGAGGGUGUUGACUUCUUUGAGACUUUCUCCCCGUGUCCUUCCAUCACGAGCAUUCGAUUGCUAGCCGCCAUUGCCUGUGUGUUAGAUUGGGACUUGUGCCAUUUCGAUGCCGAGCAAGCCUUUGUCCAAUCAGAACUGGAUGAGGUUGUGUUCAUUCGUCUUCCCCCUGGGUGCGGUGCGCUUUCCGGUAAGGUCGUGCGGUUGAGACGGAGCCUAUACGGUCUGAAGCAGGCGUCCCGCACAUGGCAUCAUCACUUGAUGCGUGGCAUGAAGAGUCUUGGUUUCGAGCCUUGUGCCGCCGAUGCGUGUGUGAUGCGUCUGAUCGAGAGCGGUGUAGUCACCAUGGUGGUUGUGAUCCACGUAGACGACAUCUUCUCUAUCGGGCUCAAGAGCAGGUGCGAUCAGUUUGGUGUUGAGCUCAACCGGUAUAUGCCCAUUUCCAACCUUGGGGAACUGCGAUGGUAUGCGGGUUGCCACUUUCCUCGUGACACGGUGUUGGGGACGGUGACUAUUUCGCAACAGGCUGUAGCGGAGAAGAUCGUUGCCAAGUUCGGUGUGACGACGGACAAAGAGACACCUAUGGUCGUUGGGUUGAAGCUUGAGCAGUACGACGCCGACGAGCCCGAUGUCGACGAGCCUUUCCGGUCGCUAGUGGGAUACUUGAUGUGGCUGGCGAAUCAGAUUCGCCCGGAUAUUCUCAACGCGGCAACCGACCGGCGGUCUGUUUCUUGGGCACUAGUGAUGUUCGCUGGUGCGUGUGUGAUGUAUCUGUGUAGGACGCAGAAGAGCGUCACCCUGUCUUCGACGGAAGCGGAGUACGUGGCGAUGUCUGAUGGGAUGAAGGAGGCUAUUUUUCUGCGGUAUCUGUGGAAGUUUAUCUUUCCGGGCCGUGAUGUGGGGUGCACGCCGGUGUGGGAGGACAACGUAGGCGCUAUUCACUUGGCAAGUAACCCGGCUACUACUCCCAACUCGAAGCACAUCGACAUCCGCCACCAUUUCAUCCGUGAGCGUGUAGCACGGGGGGAGUUCAAGGUAGUCCACGUACGGUCGGACCUGCAACGCCCGGAUUUCUUGACCAAACCGCUCCCCAAGGAGACUUUUUGCGCGAAUCGUGACUUCGUGAUUAAUAUUCUUUAAUUUUGUUCUUUGUGUUGCACUAUUUCAGCGAUGGGACCUUUCUUACAUCAUGUGUUUUAUUUGUGACCUGGUACUGGCCUUUGAUCUGCUGCUCGAUGUUGAUUUCUGCUUUCGCGAUGGAUGGGAUAGUUCUGCGUGAGAAUCAUGGGG